CGUGUCCCCUGGGCCUCUCCUCGUCCACGCUAACAGAAUCUUGAUGCGUCGGCUCGUCCCCUCCCACACUACUCCCCUUUUAACCCACUUAACCACUUGCACGGCUCCCUCUUUUAAGCCUCCCAGGAAUCAACAACACAUCGAAAGUAAUAAAGCUUAACACACACUUCCAUUAAGCCCCAAACUCGCCCAAAACCUGAAACGAAAGAGUUCCGGGAUAAAAAGGCAAUCUCUGGUUUGAGGGUCUUCAAGACCGAAACAUGAGUCUUGCAUGUCUGGUGUGUCAUGGUGUGGAAAGUCCGUCGCAUUCUUUUAGGAGUUACUCUGUUUCAAGUUCAGAUAAUGAGGGAAGAUGUUCAGCCAUUGCUAACUGCUUGGCCCGGAAGUCAUCUCUUCCAGCUGCGAGACCAACUAUACCAUCAACCUCCAAAGUGACCCCACAACCAAAUUUUCAAAACAGCGUUGGAAUGGCAGGUCCCCCGCGGCUGGUGCGUAGUCGUGCUGUGAGGAGGGAUCUUGUGAGAGACUGGAAUUUUGACGAGGUUGUAAUGGAGCGCUAGUUUGUUUAGUUUGAGGUAGGAGAGUGUGGGGCACUCUCCUCUUAGGGAUAGCGUUAGAACCCUAAUCCUUUGCCUCUCUAUUUUGUAUUAGUUUGCUGUGGGUGCAACUUAACUUUUAUGCUAGAAGAGCAUGUGUAUCAAUCUGAGUAAUAUUGAAUGUGAAAAACAUUUAACAUUUCCUUGCUGUCA